AUGAUUAGAAUCAAUACUAUAACACUUCAUGAUACCGGUGUCAAAAACAAUGAUGAUAGCCACAUAGAAGAUGUUCAAUUGUGGUAUAAUCAAUCAAACGCGUCUACAUCAUCAUCAUCAUCUCCAAUUGCAACAACAACAUCUACACCCGUCACAGCUUCCAUAAACUCUUCGUAUAGUCGACUACCUAUUCACAUAAACUAUCGUCUUAUACCGAUCUAUCUCAUAACAUGCAAUCCGUAUCAUGUGUACUCAAAUAUUGAACAAACUAAAAACUGGUUUAAAUCAAAUCUAUUGUUUCAAACGUUUAACGUAGACGAAAAUAUCAGUUUAAUCUUCAAAUCAGAUGAUUCAAAUAGUUCAAAUUACUUAAUAUUUUACUUUGAUACUAAGCUAAACCAAAUAUUUUCCAUUAUUCUUGAUUUUUCUUUGAUUGAUCAGAUAAAUAACCUAAUCAGUGACUUACCAACUACUACAUCCUCUACUAAAAACGAUUCAAACACAACUGUUUUUGAUAAGGUCUUACAAAGAAAGAAACUGAGAGCAAGCCCAUUCCUUGUCGAUUCUGAACCAUUAUCUAAAAAUCAAUUUACAUCGAAUAUUCAAUCAUCAAAAUCGACAAUUGAAAGUCCCUCUUCUGCAUCAUCACUGAUUCUUACAACUCAAGAUCAAGUCAAUCUGGCAAUUAAUAAACUUAUUUUAUCAGGCUUAAGAAUUCGUGGGUUUUCAACUAAUAAUUUGAAUCAUAAUAUUAAUGAUAAAUUAAACAUUAAAGAAAUUUACCAAAUGACUUAUAAAUCGACAUUAUUUUCAUUACGAAAGUUCAAUUAUAGUUUUAUUAACGAUAAGUUAAUCUCCAAAAAGGAUUUAGAAUCUUCAAAUUUAAAGCAAACUCCUAUAAAGUUAAUUGAUUUACAGGAUAUUAUUGAAAAAUUAUUACAAUUAUUUAUAGACGUUGAUGAUCAAAAUGUAUAG